UGUUGAAUUAUCGUAAUGUAUCAUAUUAUGCAACGAAAGUUCUCGUAUAUUCGCUCCGCGGUCGAGUUUUCUGUGCAAAUGACAUGCGAGAAAUGUGUUCAAGCAGUGAGGAAUAGCUUGUCCAAUGUUGAGGGAAUUCAAAACGUUCAGAUAUCCCUUGAAGAUGGAACUGUUGUUGUAGACAGCACCGUUCCCUAUUCCGUGGUUCAAGAAAAAAUUGAAAACUCAGGCAGACGAGCUGUUCUUAAAGGAUAUGGGGGUACAGGAGCAAGUGCAGUAGCAAUGCUCGGUGGGGACUCAGGAUACAGUGCAGGUGAUCAAAUAAGAGGAGUAAUUAGAUUUGUGCAAGCAGGUGAAGACUGUAUUAUAGAUGGUACCAUAGAUGGCUUGAAUCCAGGGCCACACGGUGUUCAUGUUCAUGAAUGUGGAGAUAUCUCAAAGGGAUGUGAGAGCGUCGGCGAACAUUUUAAUCCACAUAAUACACCACACGGUGGACCUGGCGAUGAUCUAACGCAGAGGCAUUAUGGAGACUUGGGAAAUAUUAUGGCUGAUCAAAGUGGUAGAGCCACAUUUCGAAUAGUUGAUAAUGUGCUUAAAGUCUGGGAUAUCAUCGGGCGCUCACUGGUUGUCACCGACGGUCCCGACGAUUUAGGAAAAGGUGAAAGUCCUCAAUCAAAAGUUGAUGGCAACAGUGGAAACAGAUUGACAUGUGGCAUAAUAGCCCGAGCUUCCGGUUUAUUCCAAAAUACAAAAAAGAUAUGUGCAUGUGAUGGUAUAACUCUUUGGGACGAAAGAGAUCGAUCUGUCACAGGAUGGAAACAUUCAAAGAAUGGUGUAGCUACUAGUAAAACAUGAGCUGAAACAUUAUAGCCUUGUCGUACCAAGGACUCUGGGAUAUUUCUUACUUUGUCCCAUCACACAAUGUAUUUACCUAUACUGGUGCAGGAUAUACAUUAAAUUUUUACAUUUCAAGUAACUUAUUGAAUGAGGGAACAAGUUUUCGUCUGUAUCGUUCUUUUAGAUGCAGGCAUAUAUUUUGUAAAUGGUUAAGGAAAUCGUGAUUGUAGUCUUUAUAUUGCUAUUCAAAUUGGAUUUUUUUUUGUAAAUAUAAGAAAUCCUUCACUAUUCAUUACCAUAUUUUAGAUCUGAAAUCACUUGAACACCCGAACAUUGAAUAUGUUAUUCGGAGCAAACGUCUGUAAAACAUCAAUGAUGUGGAAUAUACGGAUGUUUAUUGAAAAUAGUUGAAUGCUUUUUUGCUUAACAAUUGUGAUUUUAUUAAGUUUUUUUGUUACAAAAUUCAUUAAAGCAACGUACAAUCAAUCUGUAAAUAAGCUCGAAGUGUAUUGAAUACUUAAUUAGCAAUAUUAUGAAUAAAAUAAUAUAAUUUGUCUUUCAAUUUGAUACAUUUAUGGAACAAAAUAGACUUGUGCUCUUAGAAAACGUUACACAAAUCUUGGAAUACAAUGAUCGAGGCAAAUCAACAGUACUGUGAAAUGUCAGGGAUGAAAUUACUACACAUGCGUCGUAAGUGUAAAACAAAUAUUUUCAAAACCAUCGAGUAUAUCGUAUGUACAAUUUUGAAAAACCUAUUUUUUUCACCAAAUUAUACAAGGUGCGUGUUAUUGUGAUGCUGAUAAUUUGACUAUUUAACAUUUAUUCCAACUCCCCACGAAAGCACGGUAAUGUACAGUCAACAUGCAUUCUCAAAAUUGAAUUUUAUGCAUUGAAUGUUCAAGAAGUUAAUAAAUGUAAAAGUCUUAGUUAAACAGAGGUUAUAUUAGACAAAUUGUAUCUAUUGCUAUCUUGCAGUCUUCGAACAUAACUUACGUAUUUAUCUGAACAAAA